AUGAACACAUCAGAUCUGUACCACGAGAAGCAAAAAUUACAACACUGCUUGAUUCAUACAUUGAAUAAUAUUUUGCAAAAGAAAGAAUUCAAUGUCGAAAAAGUGAAUGAAAUAUGUUAUUCAUAUGAUAGUAGUAGAUGGUUCAAUGCGCACAAGUAAGAAAUCACGGUUCAGAUAUGUCAAAUUCAAUAUGAUCAAAUUUCAGAUCUUGGAUAGGGUUAGGUAAUUAUGAUGCAAAUAUAUUGAUGGGAGCUCUUCAAUUACACGAUAUGAAGGUAAACUAUAUUCAAGGAAAAUAAAAAGAAAAAAGUAUAUAGAGGUGCAAUAAAACUAAAUUCAAAUGUUUUUUGACCUGGCUGGAACUCACAAUCAGUAUAACAAAUAUUGUCAGAAAAUCUGUCUACAAAAAAUCAAGGCAAUCGAAACCAACGUAAACUAGGCAAAUGAGAGCUUGGCUCUUUUUUAACACUGUUAAAAAAACAAGAAAAUUUUGAAGCUCAUUCAUCAAUUGAGUGGGAGCUAGGCAAAAUUCAUGAUUUCAGUCAGAAAUUGAUAUCAUUUUAUUUGUUGAGCACUUUUUGAUUGCUCUCUUCAAUUUAUACCAUUUUUGCCCAACUUUUGUUUGGCUCAAAAUUUGAAAAUCUGGAAAAUUUUCCAGUUUUACAAAUCCUUCUUUUUCGAGUAAAAAUGCAUGAUUUCAGAAAAUUGACAAUAAUUACAGAAACAAGGGGAACUGAAAUAAAUAAGAAGACUGUUACGCCUGGGGGCUAACAGUCCCUAAAAAGUAUAUAUAAGUAUUUCAUUGUGUGGGAAACAUCAGAAAAAAAUAAUUCAGGUAUCUCAAAAAAAGCUCCAACUUUUCAAAAGAACAAUCUUGAUUUCUCUCUUUUUAUAAAGGAAGUAUUGCGAAAUCUCAUUUUUUACAGGUUAUUUGGUUCGACAAAAGAACUCCAGUUUCAAACAUCCAAUUUCUUGCUGUAAAUGCGAUUGUUUUCAAUAUCCCAUGCCGAACCUACAUACCAUUUAUGAAUGGGAGACAUUGGUUUGCAGUUUUACAGAAAGAUGGAAAGUGAGUCGUUUUAAUAAUUAAUAUAAAAAUAAGGAACAUUUUGAUGUGAUUUCAGAUUUUAUAAUCUUGAUUCGAAAUUGGAUGCUCCUGAAAUUGUUGAAAACGUCUCAGAAUACACUGAAAAUUACCUGAAAUCGCAAAAUGUUGAAAUCAUGUUCGUUAUUGCUGCUGAUACACCAGAAGAAGAAGUUGUCAAAAAAUAA